UCGAAAGACAGUGAGUGAGCAAUGGGCCCAUUAAGAUGACUCUAUCGCCCAUCAGUGGAAACCUUGCAUUCUAAUUCCUUCGCGCUCGCCUCACGAUGGCCGCCAAUUUCAUCCCGCGCCGGAUCUUCCCGCACUAUGCCACCAUCCCCAGGUCUUACUUCUUAGGCCAUCACCGAGCCGGUUUGCAAAAGAUGAAAUCUAUGCUGUCUCACAUUGACUACGUUGUUGAAUGUCGGGAUUAUCGCGCACCUUUUACGUCCAUUAAUCCAAUGUUCGAGGAGGCACUUGGAGAGAAAAGACGGUUGAUUGUUUAUACAAAGAGAGAUCUGGGCAACGGUCCCGAUUUGUCUGCGCGGCAACAGACCGAGAAAAAGAUCCGAGACUUCGAUAACGAUAGCGCCGUGUUUUUUGUCAGCUCAUCCUCGCGACAGGAUACGAGACCGAUUAUCAAACAUCUGCAAACCGAUGCACACGGACCGGAUAAGCUCGUCGGAUGUCGUGUGAUGGUUGUGGGGAUGCCGAAUGUCGGGAAGUCGACUUUGAUCAACAACCUGCGCAAUCAAGGCGUGGGGAAAGCAAAAGCCGUGCAAACCGGCGGUCAGCCGGGUAUAACUAGAAAGAUAGGAACGCCUAUCAAGAUCAUAGAGAGGGAAAAUGGAUCCCAUGUCUACGUGCUCGACACUCCUGGCGUUUUCAUGCCUUUCGUACCGGAUGCGGAGAAAAUGCUCAAACUCGCUCUCUGCGGGUGCGUCAAGGAUGCUGUUAUUCCGCCCGUCACAUUGGCCGAUUACCUGUUGUAUCAGGUCAAUUUGCACGAUUCCCUGGCUUACCAGCGCUGGUCGGAGCCAACGAAUGACAUCAUGUUGCUUACUGACCGGUUCGCGCGACAGACCGGUCAUCUCUCGAAGGGGGGCAUAGCUAACGUCGAUGCCGCGGCUCUUCAUCUCAUCCAGAAGUGGAGGGCUGGUGAUCUGGGAAGAUUCAUACUUGAUGAUCUGGAAGAGGAAGCGCGCCGACUCCGGGAAGAGACAAUGGACACAGCCAGUAUAAGUGUCUCUCAGGCGCUCAAAGCAGAACGAAUGGCCAGGAAGCGUCGCGCGAAAGAGGCCAGGAGUAAGUUAUAGAAUAGUGUCUUGCUUAUAUAUAAUUCAUAGAUAUAAAAUGUAAUUAAAAGA